CGACAAUUUUCGGAAACCUGUUGGAUCAACUUUUUACCCCCCACAUCUGGGAGGGGCUGGCCAUCUGAAAAAAAUAUCUUAUAAUUUAGUUGACGGACAAACGGACAACGCCAGGCUUUUAUAAGAGAUUAGCGUGUACAUCUCGGCCGUCCAAGGGACUCCUCUCGCACCGCAGGGCCGCAUUGUGAACGGUCAGGAGGCCACUCCUCAUGUGUGGCCAUGGCAGGUGUCUGUGCUGGCCUACUCCGUGAAUUUUUGGUAUCACAUCUGCGGGGGAUCGCUCGUAGACGCCCAGUGGGUGAUGACGGCCGCGCACUGCUACAGAAACAACACGAUAUACAAGGUGUGGCUGGGAAAGCACAACUUGACAACAAAUGAAGUUGGAGAAAUAUUAUCCUCCAUCAGCCUUUUCAUCACACACCCCUCAUGGAAUCCAGACUUCCCAGAACAUGGGUUUGACAUCGCGUUGAUAAAGCUCGCUGCCCCAGUGUCACUGAGCAACACUGUACAGGUGGCUACACUGCCAGGUGCUGACUGGGUCCUGCAGAAUUGGCAGUCUUGCUACGCUACCGGUUGGGGGAAGCUUUACACCAAUGGGACGUUCCCACGAGUUUUGCAGCAGGUCACUCUGCCCGUCAUCAGUUAUGACAUCUGUAGCAGGAGACAAUGGUGGGGCUCUCUCGUGACGGGAAACAUGGUGUGUGCCGGCGACGCGCAGCACUCUACCUGCCAGGGCGACUCGGGAGGGCCGCUCAACUGUCAGGAGGACGCGAAGUGGAUGGUCUACGGCAUCACCAGCUUCGGCUCGGAUGUCUGUAACACCUCGAUGAAGCCGUCCGUGUUCACGCGCGUGUCCGCAUUCAAGCGCUGGAUCUCCUCCACGACUGACAUCCAGUUUCCCAACGACAUAACUACCACAACAGUUACGCCGAUAACAACCAAAACAGUUACGCCGACAACAGCCACAACAGUUCGGCCGAAGUUGUCGUCUGCACCGACUUCCCACGUGUCCCUGCCCAUGCAGCUGCUGGUGGUGGGGAUGGGGCUUCUCCUUGCAUAGGCACUCACGGAGUGAUGAAGGGAAUUGAGAGAGAUAUGAGAUAGAACAUCAAAAUAACCAGAACAAUUUUUCCACGUGCUCAUUUUGCCAUAAGCUUUUAUGAAUAACCGUUAUCCGAGAUGGGCCUUCUCAAGAGGGUAGUGCAGCAAAAUCCAUUGUACUGUAAUCUGCUAAAACAUAUAUACUCCCUGCCUUCACAAACCAUCACUGACCAGCGUGAUUUUUGUCUUUAGUUUGUUGUCCUCCACCCACACUACUGUUAACAGCAUUGUUGGCUAUGUACGGUGCGAAAUAAUUCAAAAUACUUACAUACGUAGACUCACACAGAGACCCACAGGCUGACACAGGGACCCAUAGACUCACACAGAGACGCAUAGACUGACACAGAGACCCAUCCAUAGACUCACACAGAGACCUAUAUACUCACACAGAGGAGAUCCAUAGGCUCACACAGUGACCCAUAGACUCACACAGAUAACCAUAGACUCACACAGAGAUCCAUAGACUCACACAGAGACCCAUAGACUCACACAGAGACCCAUAAAUAGAACAUCAAAAUAACCAGAAAAAUUUUUCCACGUGCUCAUUUUGCCAUAAGCUUUAAUGAAUAACAGUUAUCGGAGAUGGGCCUUCUCAAGAGGGUAGUGCAGCAGAGACCCAUAGACUCACACAGAGACCCAUAGUCUGACACAGAGACCCAUAGACUCACACAGAGACCCAUAGACUCCCAAAGAGACCCAUAGUUUGUUGUCCUUUCCCCGCACCUCCGAUGAGCAUCGUUGGCUAUGUACGGUGCGAAAGAAGUUCAACAUACAUUUCUAGAUAUGUGAUGUAAUACAGUAUGGUGAAUUCAAUCAUAUUGUCCGAACGGUAUGCGAGGCUGCAAUGAAGUAGUAGAUGAAUUUAAAAAAAAAGCUGUUUACAUUUAUAGAUUAUACAUCUGAGAUGAAGAUUGUGAUGACACGUUCAGUUAAUAAAUUAUACAAAUACGUUCAAUGUAAUCUGCCUUGUUUUUUUCCAACAGCGCCAUACAUCAUGAACCAGAACCUAACUCCCUAUCUUGCUAGUCGGUGGCUCCAGGGCAUUUUGCUGAGACCGUGAAAUCGUCGAGUCGCUUUAACACUCUUGACACGUUGUUUUACUUACAGCCGUGUCAAUCCACGGCUGGUUUAAGGGCUCCUCAUCCCAUGUACACGAUGGGAGUUUUUUUUUUUACUAUAUUUCGCCACGAUGGUCAGUGCAAGUUUGUGAAGGGAACCCAGGCCUGGUUAAGUUAUUACUCACC